AUGGAAGCCCUUGAACAUCAGAUCGCAGUCCAUGAGGCGAGCCAUGGUGCUCUCCGUCGUGAAUUGAAGGCGGCAUUGCGUACUGUUGUUGAUCUCAAUGGUCAGCUUUAUGAGUCCGAAAAAGCUGGAGCGGAAUUAUAUCGCCGUUCACAAAUCGCAAACCGGCCUGCCCCUGCAGUAGACACUACAAAUGUACCCCCGGCGGCUGGUCAAGGAACAAACAAUAGCGCAGCACAAGCUAUUGGGAGAGGGGGCGGGGCCACCAGCGGGGCCACCACAGAAGAAGCCGAGCAUUUACGGACCGUGAAUCGACUAGACAAAUACCCAACCGUAGUCCGUUGUGAAGAUGGAACUUGGCGCGAGCUGAUGUGCAACAUCUGCCAGACGAACUUGAAGGAUAAUGAAGGUACAGGCAAUAAGACCUUCAUUCGCGGAGUAGAAAGCUUUCAGUACCAAUUGGCACGUGCUCAUGGGAUAUCUUCAACCUGGGAGGAAAUUCUGGACGAUUGCUAUCACCGGCAAUGGAAGAUUGAGGAAAUUCUGGCCGUAGUCCGGGGAGAUCGAACUGCCCGUCGAGUGCCUCGCGUCGAAGGCAGAAACUUCAACGUCCAAAUCCACCUCAUACGCCCACCCACGCAAGAGGAAUCCGCUCAACUGAGCGAAAUCGAUACCUUGGCCAGUUUCGGUCUCCCAAUGGUUGUUCGAACUGCUAAAAACACCUGGAGCGAUCUGAGGUGCGGAUGGUGUGAGGGCAAUGCCCGGAGCGCGGACCAGAGCAGUUCUCCCGAGUCUCUCGUCUUUCUAAAGGGCGUUGAAGAACUCCAAGAUCAUAUUCUAGAGACCCAUUGGGUGGACCUAUCGGAAGAGGAGAUCUUCAGUCAAUGUCUUCAUAGGUUCUGGAACACCGGUGAGGUCCUCUCGGUGCUUCGGAAAGAUACCCGGGGACACCCUUGGGUGGAGAAGAUUGAAUGUUGGAGACAAAAAGAUGUCAGUAAUGCAGUUAUACAGGCGAGAAGCCAAGGCCCUACUCUCCGUUCUAGUAGCACUGUUACUCAGGCUGGAUCCACUUCAACUUCCACCAGCCCUUCAGCCUUUCAAGUGUCAAACAUCCCGCCCGUUCGUCGAGGCAACGGUACCACCUCUCUAUCACAGACGCCCACCGGACCUCAGAAUGGCGCUGCAACCCCUCCUCCCUCUAUUGGACCCAUUUCUUCCGCUUACGGCAAAUACAACGCUCAUCGCCGUAGACAUGGUCCAUUUCUGCUUAGCCGAGUCAUUGACCGGAAUUCUACGCCAAGCACGUCUCCUGAAGCUGGACAGAGUGGUUUACUUGCUUCUAUGUCUUCUCGGCCGACUUUUUCAGCUCAAAUGCAGGACAGGCCCGGUCCAUUUGCUGGUACCGCGUCUCGUCAUCAGGCCAACGGCACAGCUCGCGUAUCAACCGCACCUCCGGGAGGUCUUCAAACUCGCACAAUUACUACUAGUAGCGAGUCUGGUCUUUCUGUGGCAGGACAAGGCAUUAGAGGUCCAGCUAACGUGGCCUCUCUCACUGGCGCUGCUGCACUUCGCCAAAUAAGUGGUACAGUGCCUACUCCAGCGACCGCCCCCCCAGAGCAAAUGCAACAGAUCCUCGCAGCUCUGAGUGCCAUGCCUAAGACUUCUGGCCCCAGCUCUGUCCUCGAUGUUGAAGUCGCAGAGAUGGCUGAAGCUAUGCCCACAUCUUCUGGCUGUAACUUAGCCCUCGGCGUUAAAGUCUCAGAGACAGCCGAAGCUAUGCAUAAGCCUUCUAGCUUUAGCUCAGCCCUCGGUGUUGGAGCCUCAGAGUUGAACGAAGCUAUGCAACUCGACCCACCCUCACGUCGGCCUGCGGAUUCUGCCGCUGUUAUCCAGACAGUGCCAUUGCCCUCCGGGUCCAAUGGCCCAGUGGAAUCGAUAACCCGUAUCCCCAUUCCUGCUUGGCUAGGCUGCGUAGGCCAAGGGUCAAGUGGCCAGUACGUGGAGCUCAUAUGCCCCCUCUGCAACGCAAAUACGUAUCCAGACGAUAGAUAUAUUAGAGGCGCCAAGUCGUCCAAGCAGCCCGCGUAUUUCGGUGGAAAGUUUGGAUUCGCUCACCAUCUGCGAACAUACCACGAGACAAAUGCUCCAGAAGACUAUAAGGGCACGACUACGGACUGGAUCUUGGAGUACUGUGGUAAGAGAAUCAUUGGGCUAGAUGAGCUCGAGGAACUUAUCGCGGAAGGCCCACGGGGUGGACGAAUCCCUCACGUGAAGCCGCCAAUCACGGAGCAAGUUGGGUCUUCUCAGAGUACCGGAGACACCGAGGACGACGCGACUGCGUCUCAAGAAAAGCCUCAUAAACGCCGCAAGAAGCUAUACAAGUGA